CUUUUCUGUGAGUAUGCUGAACACAGCAUGUUUCAUUGUUUCAUUGUAAUCCUCACAGACUCAGCGCCAGGGUAUAAGAGCUGAGAGCACGGUCAGACGCAAACACUCUCAGAGUGAACCCUGGGUACGGACACACACUCACUGAACACACAGGCGCCAUGUCUUCCAGUGGAGAAAAAAAGACUGCCUCCCAGACCGACGGCAAGGCAGCCCAGAACAAGAAGUCUGAGAUGGGCAUGAUGUCCUACAAGAUGUAUGUGUUCGACCAGGAAAACUUCCAGGGACGCAUGAUUGAGAUUAACGCUGAAUGCAUGAAUGUUUGUGAAAUGGGCAUGGACAGAGUUCGCUCACUACGUGUGGAGUGUGGCCCUUUUGUGGGCUUUGAGCAGAUGAGCUUCUGCGGUGAGAUGUACAUCCUGGAAAAGGGCGAGUAUCCUCGUUGGGAUUCUUGGAGCAACUGCCAGAAGAACGACUACCUGCUUUCCUUCCGACCCGUCAGAAUGGACCCUGAGAAGCACAAGAUCUGCCUGUAUGAGGUGGGCGAAUACAAGGGCCGCAAGAUGGAGAUCAUGGAUGAUGACGUUCCUAGCCUGUUCUCCUAUGGAUUCACCGACAGAGUUGGCAGCGUCAUGGUCAGCUGUGGAACUUGGGUGGGCUAUCAGUACCCUGGAUACCGUGGCAGCCAAUACCUGCUGGAGAAGGGUGAAUACAGACACUUUAACGAGUACGGUGCCCGUUGCCCUCAGUUUCAGUCUGUGAGACGUAUCCGUGACAUGCAGUGGCACCCACACGGAUGCUAUACCAUGGCCAGCAAGUGAGGGCCAGACCAGGAGAUGAAGAGGAGAGGUGGAGUAGAGGGAGAGGGGCGCAAGAGGAAGGAGAGGAGGAGAGAUGUCUGAGAGGCUGCAUCUUCCCUGUGUUGCUGCUAUGAAGGGGCAGAUAGUUUUGGGAUGACAGACUUCCUGGCUCACAUUGCAGUCUGUGUCUGUCGAGCUGUUAAAGCCCAGCGGUGCUGUGAUUCUCCCAGGCCUCUGAGUGCCUCUGUUUGGGACGGAGGCACCAAUAAAAACAAUUCCCUCAUCCUCCCUAUUUCCUUUCCUCUCUUUCUCUCCUGCAUGGUUUCUCUUUUUCCUUCCAUAAUUUUUUUCAAUUUUUUGUCAUCUGUUCUUUUCCCGGCUCACAUCCCCUUUCCCCAGGAGGAUGGAAAGAGAGAGGGAAAGAUGAAGGGAUGAGGAGAGGAAAGCUCCUGUGCCCUAGAAAUCUCCCUCUGCCCGCUGUACAGAAUCCUGGUCACCUUUUGAAUAAAAUGCUAAAAGCUUGA